CAUAUAUGGCGUAUCGUAGAGAGUAGCAGGUACCCAAGGUACCUCCGACCGUCCAAAUAUCGUCGGCGAUGUCGGACAACCCGAGGACCGCCGUCGUUUUCGAUCCGACGUCAUCGGCUCGAGAACCCUUUUUUCGCCAUCCUACUCCUGCGCCAAUUACCAUCAUUCUCAUCACCCUUUUUUUUUCCAGCCAUACCGAUAGCGAUCCCGGUCGCCUUGUUUACCCAAUCGCGACCCGGGAGAAGGCAGAGACGGGAGGGAGCCAACCAUGGCCUCGGUUGCGAGAUCCUGCCUUUCCGCCGCCCGCCGGCGCACAACUUACACCUCGCUCGCCUCCGGACGUUCCCCUUACUCGACCGCGCAGCCCGUAGCCCCGCGGGACCCCGGCCAACCCUUCCGAAUGGCCAUCGUCGGCUCCGGCCCGGCCGGGUUCUAUACCGCCCAUCGGGUCAUGACCGACCUGCCCGUGGCCAAGGUGGAUAUGUUUGAGGCGUUACCCGUGCCCUACGGGCUUAUAAGGUACGGAGUUGCUCCUGAUCACCCCGAAGUCAAGUACUGUCAGCAGAAAUUUGAGGAGAUUGCCCUCUCGCCAAAUUUCACUUUUAUCGGGAACGUCUCCGUCGGCAACCCGGGCGACCAUUUCGACGGCUGCACCAUUCCGCUAGCCUCCGUCAUGCGCCACUACGACGCCGUCCUCUUCGCCUACGGCGCCGGGAAGGACAAGAAGCUCGGCGUUCCUGGCGAAUCCGACCUCAGAGGCAUCUACUCGGCCCGCGAGUUUGUAGGUUGGUACAACGGUCUGCCCGAGUUCGCACAUCUAGCCCCGGACCUCACCAUGGGUGACGAGGCCGUCAUCAUCGGCCAGGGUAAUGCCGCCAUCGACGUCGCGCGGAUGCUCCUGAGCGACGUGGAUGCGCUACGGAAGACAGACAUGACCGAGGUCGCCCUCGAGACCUUGUCGAAGAGCUGUAUUACCAGAGUCCACGUCGUGGGGAGAAGAGGUCUUCUGCAGGCUGCCUUCUCCAUAAAGGAAAUUCGGGAGUUGAUGGACCUCAGCAACGCCAACUUGCUUCCCUAUGACACAGCCCUCGUCCCCAAAGAAACCAAGGGACUCCCUCGAGCUCGACGGAGGCUAGUGGACCUUGUCGCCAAGAACGCCGGUGAACCGAAGCAAGGCGCCAAAAAGUCUUGGUCCUUAGAUUUCUGCCUGUCACCAACCAGAUUUGUUGGCCCGCCAGGGGGAUAUGUCCACCGCACGGAGUUCGAGCGAACAUCGCUAACUAGUCCCUUUGGCGAUUCCUCGGCGAUUACACCUACGGGAGAACUACUCGAGAUACCCUCUUCGAUAGUAUUCCGUUCUAUCGGCUACAAGUCCGUCGCACUGCCCGGGAUGCCUGAGGCAGGCAUCGCCUUUGACGAUGUCAAGGGUGUCAUCAAUAAUGAUGAUUCUGGGCGCGUGAUACGAGUAGGGCACGACAGAAGCAGCGAAAAUAUCCGGGAAUCAAUUCUGCCGGGGGUCUACUGCGUUGGGUGGGUUAAGAAAGGCGCGACUGGCAUCAUCGCCUCGACGCUGACCGAUGCAUACGCGACCGGGAGCGCCAUCGUCGCGGACUGGAAGGAUGGGCGGCCGUUCCUCGAGGGGGAUAGCAGAUCCGGCUGGGAUGCGCUGCGGUCUGAGGUAGAGCAGCAACAGCCCAGGACCAUCUCCUGGCAGGACUGGCGGAAGAUAGACGAGGCCGAGAAAGAGCGGGGUUCGUUGUCGGGAAAGGAAAGGGAAAAGUUCACAAGCACAGCGGAGAUGCUGUCUGUAGUCGCAGGUUAGACAUUUAAGGGCCGAAUCGCGCGAAGAAAAGAAAAAAAAAAACAAAAG